AUGAAAUCUUUUGAUAUUCCUACAGAAAAAUCAUCUGAAUCAGAUAGUUUCAAACUCAAGAACUCUGUUUCUACAAUUCGAUCAAAGCCUAAUAGUUCUGUCAUUUUUAAUGAAGGAACAACCGAUUGUUAUUGUAAGUCGGAGUCGUCUGGAAAGAACUACAACUUCUGUUAUGUGGAUCCACAAAACUCUUCUUCAAUCGGAAAAAAGUUUGAUUGCGUUUAUGUGAACACACUGGAAAGGCUGAAAGUUCUAAACUAUCCUGAGCCUUUUUCCUUUGUUUCGGAAUUAAUCGAAAUUGAAGAAGACGUAGUUUUCGUCUCAACUACAUCGGAUGAUCACUACUAUCAUAGUUCUAAGUCUUAUGAAAGUGUCCGCAACUAUUAUCCAACUCAUAAAUAUAUUCUAUAUGGUCUCCACUUGUCACCGGGAUACGUGGCACAACUCCCCAAUGAUACUAACUUUGAAUUUCGCCAAUUCAAUACAUCUGAAUAUCCCGAAUAUGUGAAUCAUUGGAUGGAAUAUCGCUUCAAACCACUCAUUAUGGCUGAAGUUUUGAAAGAAUUCCCGAAUGUUUGGUGGAUUGAUGCACAUAUAAAAAUGAAGCAACCAAACGUUAUCGAGAGAUUUUUUGAAGAAAUCGCGACUAAUCGUUCAACAGAAGACUUUUCUUCUAUCACUUCUUUUCUGAAUACUGGUCAUAGUAAUUUUGCAACAUUAUUUCCAGAUUUAUUGGAAUACUUUCCGUCGAACUCACUUCCGUUGCUAAAAAAGUCAGCUCAAGUGGCUGCUGGAAUUAUCCAUAUUCCAAGAACAGAAAAGACACUUCAAAUUUUCAAAUGGUACGUACUUUGUGCUCUUGAUGAGAAAUGCAUGAACCCUCCCGGAGCUCAAGUAUUUUGUAAAUUUGGACCGAAUCAAUGGGACUACUUUGCCAAGUGUUUUCGAUUUGAUCACAGGGGUGAAGAUAAUGCAGUAUCUUCUGUUCUGACGUCUACUUUAUUUGACAGAAAACAAGGAAAAUUAGAUUGUAAUUGUAAAUCAAAACAAUCUGGAAAGAGCCACGACUUCUGUUAUGUGGAUCCACAAAACUCGACUUCAAUCGGAAAAAAAUUCGAAUGUGCAAGUCUGAGUAUUCUAGAAGGCUUAGAACUCGUAGAGAAUAACGGGCCAUUUGUCGAUGUAUCCACUCUGCUUCAUUACAAUCCAGAAGUGGUUUUUGUCUCGGCAGCUUCUGAUAAUCAUAUCACCCAGGCAAUUGAAUCAAUUUCAUCUUUCUACAAGCACAAUCCAGAUGGAAAGUAUAUUUUGUACAGUCUCGGUCUUGGAAAAUAUCAAAUCAAAAAGAUAAAAAGAAAUUUCAAAAAUCUCGAAGUUCGCAUAUUCAAUACAACCGGUUAUCCAGGAUAUGUGAAACAUUGGAUGGAGUAUCGUUUUAAAGUUUUGAUUUUGGCAGAAGUAAUGAAGGAAUUUUCAAAUAUUUGGUGGUUAGAUGCAAAUAUUCGAGUGGAGAAAGGGAAUAUGACACAGCUAUUGUUCCAAGAAAUCGGUGAACUUGUGGAGAGAAAAGGAGCUAAAGAUGUGAGUGAUUUCUUUUCAAUACUUUGGUGGGUUCUAUGUGCUCUCGACGAAACAUGUAUGGCUCCACCUGGCGCCCAGGUUAACUGUCAUUUCUCUGAAGACAGGAACAACGUGUUUGCACACUGCUUCAGAUUCGAUCAAUCAGUAUUGAACCUUCUGCUACUUAAUUAUUAUCAGGAUCAUAAUAAUUAUCUUUCCAAGCUUGGUUUUCUCUUUUCACGAACUUGA